AUGUGGACGCUGCAUGGAACUUCUGCAGCUGUGCUAAUAAGAAACGGGGCCACAAGCCUCACUUGUCAGAUAUAUUUCAUUUGUAAGCAGGCAGCAUGGUUCGCUAUUGUUCCUGGGCUGAAUCCUGAUCUAAGAAGACGUUCCAAAACGGCAUUGUGGAAGUCUUGUCUGCAUCCACGAGCAAUAAGCGUCACCGAAAAAAUUACAUCAUUUUAUGUCCUUCGUCGCAUCGAGGAAAACCGCUCUUUUGACAGGCUGAAUGCUUACGCAAGGAACAUGCUCCGGGGGAUUUCGGAAAUCAACGAAAGGGGUUUGAUGGAUAAAAGGCGUUGACGAACGAUUCUUCUAUUUUAUUUUCGAGACCGCUGGAGUUAACCCCUUCAUUAAG